GAGAGAGAGAGAGAGAGAGCUGCAGAGUGAGGCAUUGCAAUGGACAUCUACAUUGAACCCACAAGAGGAAUUCCAUUCGCAUUACAAGUGGGUUAUUUCGAUACUAUCUCAGAAAUCAAACAAAAAAUCCAAAAAGAACAAGGAAUACCCAUAUCCAAACAGACCCUAAUGCUCAACGGCGAACCACUCUCCGACGACCUCAACAUCCACCACUCCGACUUCGUCAACCGCACCCUCCUUCAACUCCUUGUCAAACCCGGAGCGCAAAAAAUCCAUAAGGGAAAUACAGUUGAAAUAGGAAAAAUGGAGAAACAAAUGAAUUAUCGGGAGAGGGAGAGGGAGGGGGGGGAGGCAAUGGACGUCUUCUUUGAACCCACAAGAGGAAUUCCAUUCGCAUUAGAAGUGGGCUACUUCGAUACUAUCUCAGAAAUCAAACAAAGAAUCCACAAGAAACACAAGAUACCCACAUCCAAACAGACCCUAAUCCUCAACGGCGAACCGCUCGCCGACGACCUCAACAUCUACCAGUCCGGCAUCCUCGACCGCACCCUCCUCCAACUCCUCGUCGAACCCGAGACGCCUCGAAAAAUCCAAAUCUUCGCGAGAAUGCCCACGUCCAAACACGGCCUUAAGGUCGAGAUGAACUCGAACGACACCGUUCGCCGCCUCAAAGAGCUUUUGAUCAACCAAAUGGACGGUACUGUUCCCAUCAACCGACUAGUACUCAAGUUCAACGGCCACGAUUUGAAAGAAGAUGGAGGAUGGGUUUUGCAUGAUUACGAUAUAUCGGACGGCUCGGAGAUCGAGAUGGGUAUCAGGCCUUCGCCGGCCACAUCGUCGUCGACGGGAUCGGGGAAUCCGAGCGGUGGGUCCAGGCGGAAGAUGAGGGUGAUGGUGAGGAGCAAGUGCGGGAGCAUGAAGGUUCCGGUGGAGGUGAGGGCAGGGGAUAAUGUUGGUGUGCUGAGGAAUGAGGUGAUGAAGCUGGUGGAAAGCGGUGGGUUUUUAGUGCCUGCGGACGGGUUCUUCUUCAUAUACAAGCAGAAUGUGAUGGAUGAAGAUAGGUCGUUUAGGUGGCACAAUGUGGGCCCAGGAGAUACUAUUGAGGUCUUCAAUGGGAGUGUUAGUGGUGGAUUAUGAAACUAGUUAGUAUUAGUAUGAUUUAGAUUAGGAAUUUUGUUUUGUCUAGUUUUGUUUUUGCGCGGAGUUAGGGAUUUACAGGCUUAAAGGGCGUGCCGUUAAAUAGAAUCGGUGGUCACGUAACGAAAUUUUAUCUCUGCGAUGCGCAUGCAUUGCUAAUAUUGAUGUCGAUUUAGAAUCGUGAGAUGAUUGAUGCAUUGGUGCAUUCACAUUGAUGUCUUCAAUGGGAGUGUUGGUGGUGGAUCAAGAAAUGAGUUAGGCUCGGAUUAGGAGUUUUGUUUUACUUAGUUUUUUUGCGGAGUUAGGAUUUCACAGGCGUACAGGUCGGUGGCCACGUAACGGAAUUUUGAAUCUCGAGAUGAACGAUGCACGAUGCAUGGCAGCAUUCAUAGAUAUAUUCUGUAGUAGUGUUACUGGUGGAUGAUGAAAUGAUAUG